AUGGACCGGCCACCAGAGACCACGCCCGACGGCACCUCGCCGCGUACAUUUGCCCUCAACCAUCUGCGGCCCAAGCACAGCUUCCAGGGCUGUUCGCGCAUCUCCGACUACGAGCUACAAGGAAAACUGGGCGAGGGAACAUUCGGUGAAGUUCACCGGGCCCGAUCGAAGAAGACGGGCGCCCUCGUCGCGCUCAAAAAGAUUAUAAUGCAUCAUGAAAAAGACGGCUUUCCCAUCACUGCGCUUCGGGAGAUUAAGCUCCUCAAGCUGCUUUCACACAAGAAUAUUCUGAGAUUGGAAGACAUGGCAGUCGAGCAUCCAUCUCGAUCCACCGACAAGCGGAAAAAGCCCAUCAUGUACAUGGCCACGCCGUACAUGGACCAUGAUUUGUCUGGCUUGCUGGACAAUCCCUCGGUUCACUUCAAAGAAGCCCAGAUCAAGUGCUACUUGAUGCAACUGCUACAGGGUCUCUGUUACCUUCACGAUAAUCACAUCCUCCACCGAGAUAUGAAGGCGGCCAAUCUGUUGAUUGACAACCACGGCAUCUUGCAAAUUGCCGAUUUCGGUCUGGCCAGGCAUUAUGAUGGUCCUACGCCGCAGGCUGGUCGGCCAAUGGGCGAUGGACGACGAGACUACACUGGUUUGGUUGUUACUAGAUGGUAUCGCCCGCCUGAGUUGUUGCUGCAACUGAGACAGUAUACUACCGCCAUCGACGUAUGGGGGGUUGGCUGCGUAUUUGCUGAAAUGCUGGUGGGAAAACCCAUCCUAGCAGGCGAAAGCGACCCGCACCAGCUCGAGCUGAUAUGGGACUUGAUGGGCUCGCCUAAUGACGAUGUCAUGCCCGGGUGGAAGCAACUGCCCGGUGGCGAGCAUUUGAACCCUCGACCGCGUCCUGGAAACUUGCAGAGUCGGUUCAGAGAGUACGGCUCUGGUGCCAUCGCACUCCUCAAAGAGCUCCUCAAAUUGGACUGGAGAACACGGAUCAACGCCGUAGACGCCUUGGACCACGCCUACUUCAAAAUGGCCCCCUUACCAAUGCAACCAGAGGAUAUCCCCACAUACGAAGAGAGCCAUGAGCUCGACAGGAGAAAGUUCCACGACCGCAAGGCAAAUCUACCGCCUGCACCCAAAGGCGGCACCGUCGGCGUUGGCCCAGACUCGAACAACGCCACCGCCGGCUUCAACAGCGGUGAUGGAUACGGUCGAAACGGCGUCAACGGCGGGCGGUACAGAGACGAGCGCCGUCCGGCAUGGCAGCGAGACAGGGGUCCUCAUGCGCGUCCACCACCACAGGACCGUCCUGGUAACAGAGAUGAUGCUGAUUACCGAAGGAACAGGGUUCCAGGGAGGGGACCGGGUGGUGCAGGUGCAGGCGCAGGCGCAGAUACCGAUACGUAUAUACCUGCGUAUAGGGGCGAUGAGGCCGGUCGCAGGAGGGAUGACAGGCCAAGGGAUGAGCGGAGGAGGUAUAAUGGCAAGGAUGAGCGGUGGGAGCGCCGGACUAGGAGUCGCAGUCGGUCGCCUGUUCAUGAGAGGAGGGCUGAUAGGGACAUGUACAGACGGUAG